AUGACAGAUUCCCAAGAAAAUCCGCCUCCUGAGGGAACUAGUCAAAGUGAUAUAGAUGCAUUGAUUGAGAGUUGCAUAAAUAAUAUAACGAAACAGAAAAUCGCUUCGGCACUCGAUGACAUAAAGAAAGCAAAUGAAAUAGCUAAUAAUAAUCCAGAAUUACUUCCGAAAAUCCUCGCUAAACACGUACUCGCAUUCCACCUUAACGAAACCUCUAACUCAAAGUUCUUCAAAGAAUUUAAACAACAAUAUGAUAAAGUUCAAAACUUCGAUGACGUGUUCAAAAACGCUCUUCCUAUAAUGUUUGACGAUCUACAGCCAAUAUAUAGCAAAAUCCUCAGGUUUAUUAAACCUAACUUUUUCUCAGAUGUUGGAAUUUUUCCAUUUAUAAAUCAGAAGAUGGCGGGUAACGAUGAAAUAUCUUAUAAUACAGUAGAGUUAAUAAUUUCAAUUUUUGGAGCUACCAAAUCCAACCUUUCUCGUUCAAUCAAGUCCGAUUUCGCAAGUGCUGCUUUGAAUCGAAUGAUUUCAUUCGCUGAAAGUCAUUUUAAUGAGAAAUUACGUGAAAUAGACGAAAAUAAAAUGCGUUCUGAUAUAGAUACAAUCAAAGAUUUCUUAUCUUCAAGCGACAACAAGAAAUUACAGCAGUUCGAAAAGACACUUACAUUCAAAUUCGCUACAUCUGGCAUUCUCAGCAAGAAAUUCGAUGCUUUACAAAGGUUUAAUCAAAAUAAAUCUUUUUCAAAGGAUUUAGUAGCAGAAAUCAAUUCAGCAGGCAUAGUUUCUAACAUGAUGUACCAAAUGCACCACGAUUUAGCUGCUCCUUUCGUUAAAUUUUUAUUAAAAUUAUGGGAUGCCGGCGCAUACGAUGUUAAAGUACUUUCCGACUUCUGGCAGAUCUCCAUUGACUCAUUACAAAGUGUUAUCUCUAAGUUCUUUGCUGUUUGGCCUCAAAUCUUUAAUAAUCUUCCUCGUGGCAAAGCCAACGACUUCUGGGACAUUGUUUUAUCCUCUAAAUCAUAUCCAGAAGCAUGUCUUGCCUUCCUUGAGAAGAUUGCUUCGAAAGCAGAUGACAAUACGAGAUCCAAAAUGGUAGAUUCGCUUUGGAACGCUUCCAGCAACGACAGACUCACAUACGUCAAUUGUUUGACAAGUUACGUCCAAGGAUCAAACAAUUCCGUGAAGAAAAUGGUCGAUCUUUGCUUCAGUUUGAUUUCAGAAAACAAAGAUGUCACUUUUGCAUUAAAAAUGUUGACAAAAAUCUGGACAUCAAAAGUAUCCGAUAAUGUCCAGAAAGAUCUCGAUCUCGUACUCGAAAAGACCAAUUUAGAACAAGGAAUAAUUAGUCCUUUCGUUUCUUGUGUUGUCACUUUUUGUAAAUCAUUGAAUGAUCCAUUUACAGAGAAAGAACUGGAGAUGAUCAAAAGGCAGCUUAAGUUCAUUUACGAGCAGAACUUAGAUGCAUUCAUUGCUUUCUUUAAAUCGAUCGUUCCCCAGCAGAAAGGAAAAAUCAUUCCUAAAAACAACGUUGGAGAUAUUUUGAAUUGGAUGUCAAAACUUCCUGAAAUUGAAAACAAAGCUUUUCAAAUCGUCACUUUUAUAUUUGAAACUGCCAAUGGCAUUGAAUCUAAUGAUUUGAGUUCAUUAGAUUUAAUAGGAAUGGAUGCGAUGUGGGAGAUCUUCUUCAGAGCGAAACAUCACUCUGUUUCUGAUUACAUGGUUGAUUUGGUAAUUAGAUGCACAAAAAGUGACAGCGUUGUCACGUUUGUUAAUAAAUGUGUUUCCAAAGGAUUUGGAAAGAGCACUAUGCUUGCUUUGACACAUUUAAUACGUAAAAUUGAAGAUGGAAUCGACAGAGAAAGUUUGGGAAUCAAAAGAAACUUAUAUAACCAAUUUACACGUCGAACCGCCAAAAAAGACGAUAGCACCAAAUUCAAGAAAGAAGAGUUACCAAGCCAGAUCUUGAAGACACCUGACAAUGCCAAGAAACUCUUCGAAAUUCUCGAUUCCGAUGAUAAAGAAUUGGCCGCUUCUGCUUUGUCACUUUUGAACUUGAUGGAGACACAUUCAAUGGAAUUAAGUAUUUGGAAAGAAGAAAAAAUAGAUUGGUCAGUAGUUUUCUCUAUGGAAAAACCGUUUAGAUUAUUCUAUCGUCUUAAUACUUUUGGAAAUAUUUUGGCAGAAAAUUCAAAGUCGUUUAUUGUCAAAAUUUUCAAUACUGGCGGUUACAAGAAAUUAAUGGAGAUUAUGCAAAACGGCGGCCAUCAGUUCUUCAGUGAUGAAAAGUACUUGAUGCUGUUUUUGUCCAUUGUUACUUCUUUGAUUUUGAGAUGUGCAACAGUCGAAGAAACAGAAAAUCUCAAAAAAGAAGUUUACAAAACCGUCGGAAUUGAGAAUUUGACAAAUAACAUUUGUCAAUGGAUUUUGGAAUUGAAUGACCACAAAUCCUUCAAGAUCAUUCCAUCAAUGCUUGCUGUUUUGAGAGAUAUUGUUCAAGGAGAAAGUGACAACUUUUUGAAGAACGAAAAAUUCUCAAAUUUCUUCAGAACAAUGAUGUUAUCCAAAGAAGAAAACAUUUCAAAGGGAAUGGCAAAUAUCAUGUUGGAUAUUCCGGCAGAAAAAAUUGAACCAAUCGUUAUUAAUGAAAUAAAUUUGUCAAAACAUGGAAAUUGUACUUAUUAUUAUAACGUACUUGAAAAAGUGACAAGAACAACCUCCAACAUUGAUGGUAUUUGGAAGAUAUUAGUUGAAACACUGUUCAACGGCUUAUUCACAAAAAGUAAUAAGAAAUAUGACUUCACAAACCUUAAACAAGAAGAUUUUGAAGAUCCUGGCAAAGAAUACACCGGAAAUGAUGAAAAUAUUCUUAAAUUAAGGAAUUUGCACAGAAGAAAAUUCACAAAUUCUGAGUUACUCAAAGGUUUGGAAGACACAAUUUCUGUUGUAGCAGAUAUCUCUUUCAUUUACGGUAUUUAUAACUGUUUAUUUAGAUUGUCAAAACGGUUUGACGAUAAAGAAAAAGUGCCACUUGCAAAAGACCUUAUUAACUUUUCUUUGGACAGAGUAUGUUUGAAUCCUUUCAGAUACGUUCCAUCACCACCUUCUCUUUUUGACUUAAUUGUUGUUUUGAUAAAGAAAGACAAAAAAUAUUUGACUUCUACACUUGAAAAAGUCAAUAAAAUGAUUGUCAGUUACGACAUAAGUAAAGAGAAGCAAAGGUACCUCAACAGAUUGUGCGAGAAUGUCAAUGUUCGUGGUUUAAAUAACAUGGGAUGCACUUGUUAUUUGAACUCAAGUUUGCAACAAAUUUUCAGAAUAAGUGAAGUGAGAAAUGAAGUGAUGAAAUAUCUUCCAAAGGACGAAAUUGAUACAGACUGGCUCUGCCAACUCCAGCUUUUGUUUGCAAAGCUUCUCUAUUUCCCACAAGAAGCAAUUGACGCGUCCAGUUUCGUCAAAAACUUCAAGAUUUUGAAGAAACCAAUUAAUCCAAUGGAACAAAUGGAUGCACAAGAAUUUAUCGCAUGCUUAUUGGAUAAAAUUGAUGAAAGUCUUGAAGAAAAGCCUGUCACGAAAUACGUAACAGGACACAUACAACACGACACUAUUUCCACAAUGGCAAACAAACCUUGGCAUGGCUCAACAAUUGAGAAAUUCACAACUUUGACAUUUGACAUUUUAGAACAAAAAGAUGUUGAAGACUCCUUAAAGACUUUCAUGAUUCCUGAUGUAUUUAGUGGUGAUAAUGGAUAUAGAACAGAUGACAUCGGCGUUAUUGAUGCAGAAAGAUAUCAUUCCAUCUGCAAAUCACCGAAAUAUUUGAUCAUCCAGUUGAAAAGAUUCGAAUUCGAUUUCCAGACAUUAACGAAGAAGAAAAUUAACUCUAAAUACAAAUUCCCACUAAAAAUGGAUAUUUCUCCUUUAUUAACUGAAUCAAAGGAAUCUCUUGAUACCCAUUUAUACUAUAAUCUCCAAGGAAUCAUCAUUCAUUCAGGAAGUGCAAAUGGUGGUCAUUAUUACUCAUUUUGCAAGAAAAACAAUUUGAUUUCUGAAGAUCAAAAAGAUUCAGUAGAUCAAAAAGAUUCAGUAGAUGAUGAUUUGAGUGAUAGUGAUGAUAGUGAAUCCGAUGAAGAUUGGAUAGAAUGCAAUGAUUCAACAAUCCAUGAUAUUACACAACAAUUUGCUCUUGAAAAUUCUUACGGCGGAACAAGUUCUGUUUCUAAAAAUGAAAGAUGUGAUUCCGCUUAUAUGUUGGUUUACAAAUUAAGUGAUUCCACAGAAACAGAAGACGAAACAGAACCAAUUUGUUUGAUGCCAGCAGUCAUGGUUGAUAACUUCAUCCAACAGAAUAUGAGCACUGUUUUAAGAAACAUCAUUUUCACUGAUUCUUUCAUGAAAUUCACAAAUGAUUUGGUUCAGUUUAAUACUCUUAAUUCUGACAUUUUACUUUACAAUUUACUUGACAAAUGUUCAAGUUCAUGGUCAGGUGAAAGGUAUUUACAAGGAAUGUCGAAUUUCCUGUGCCAAAGAAUCAAUAAUUCUCCUGAAUUUGCGAAAUACGCCAUGAAAAGAGUGAUAGAAAUCCAUCUUUUCAUGUCUUUGGUUUCUCAAAACGUAAAUACAAGAUAUACAUCGGCAAAUGUUGCUUCUUCUGUUAUAAACACAUUAAAGAAAGAAGCGAAACCUGUUGUUGACGAAAUUCUAAGAAGAUUCGAAACAGUUUUCGAAUAUUGGAAAAAUUUCGAUCAGUUCUUUUUGCCUUUGUUAACUUACGUCAAUAUGGAAAUAGAUGAUUACGACGAAAUCAUCGAAAAAACAUAUAAAUUACUUGACGUAACGUUCCAUGAAAAAUUCCAGCCGAAAGAUAUGGAAUCUGUCUUGAAUGAGAUCAAUUUGAGUUGUUUAUUCAAGAUAUUAAAGAUCUCGAUCACGAAAGGAAAGAAACUAGAAAAAUACGAAGAGAAAAUCCUCAAAAACGAGAGAUUUAUGAAUACUUGGUUUUCUUGUCAAAAUUCCGUUUUUGAUUUCGCAAAUUUAGUUUGUUUAUUCAUGAAAGACAAUAAAGAACAGACGCAAAACUAUUUCGAAAUCAUAAACAAAUCAAAGGACAAGAUACAAACCAUUUCCUUGGCUUCGCACAUCGCAAACGCUUUGAGUUUCGAGGAUUCUUUAACAAAUGAAAGAGUUGAUUUCUUCUUCAAAUUGCUCGACGAUAAAAAUUUUGACAGUUUGACAUUGACACAAAUUUAUCGAAUCAUCAACAUGAGAUUGAACCAGAACAGAGGCUGUGCUCUAAAGAGUCUCAUGAGAGUCAGAGCCAAAUGGUUGGAUGAGAAUUUAAAGAGCAUGGACACGAGAUUGAGACAAAACAUUGUUGUUUUGGUUAAAAACCUUUUCACGUCUGUUCCUAUUUGGCAACAGAAAGAUCAGAACGCUUACGUGUAUUACCCACCAGAUAACACUACAUCCAAUCCAAAUGAUGAAGAGAAAUCUUAUUUGGAACAAUUAUUUGACAGUUUGUCAGAUUUGACACCAAAAAUGGAACCGUUUUACAAACAAACUGCCAAAAAUAUGACACACGAUAGAGUGUUCACAUGUCAAUCCACAGAGUUCUAUGACUUAUUUGGAUGGGUUGUUUAUUCCGGAAAUCUUCAGAAGAAGGUCAAUGAAAAGCGAGAUUCAUUCCUUAAUUCAAUCAAAGUUCUGAUGAAAUUAGAUUUGAGAUCGAACGCAAUGGACAUUGUCAGAUUUAUUUCGAUAAUUUCGAAAGAAAACAAAGAGUUUUUCACACCGAAAUUCUUCGAAAAACUCAUCUCUCUUCUCGACAAACUACCUGAACCUUCAAUUGAUUACGUGUCCAUUCUAACACGCGAGUUAUUCCCAACAAUCAUUCCUUUCUCCGCUGAAAACUACAAUGUCAUUUUGAAGUCGAAGAUGUUCAGCGAAUCAUUGGAAUAUUGUUUAUCUGGUAAAUACGGAAACUCACAGAAUGUUACUAGUUUAGUUGAAGAACUCCUUAAAGAAGAGAAAACAAUUGAACCUCUUUCUAAAAUGAUAUUUAAUGGAACAAUAUUUAAAUAUCAUUUUAAAGCGAAAUCAACAAAAUUCAUUCAAAUCGCAAAAUUGCUGUUUUUGAAGGGAACAAUUCCAGUUGAAUAUUUCUACAAAGAAAAACUCCAUGAGCUUGUUUUCACUGAUUUAUCUUAUAACGUCAGUGACAUGAAGAAAUCGCAUAAAGCAAAUCAAGAUUUCUAUUUUUACGUCGACAUUUUAACAGCGUUCAACAGAGCUUUCAGUUCAUUUAGACCUUCUAAGUCCGUUUUUAAUGAUCCAGAAGAGAAAUUGAGUAAUUUCUACAUCUCCCAGAAAGAUACAUUCUUCAUCAUGUCAAAUGAAAUCCAAGGAUCGACAGCAACGGCAAAAUUGGCUGAAACAGUUUUGGAUUUGUUUGUUUCAAUAUUUUUGACAAACAAAAAAUUGUAUAAACCCGCCUUGUCACUUUUUGAUUCACAAAGUUACAACAGGCUUCCAAGGGAUGUAUUACAAGUUUUUACUGAAUUCAGGACGAAUCUAUUUUUGCUAGUUGCCGUUGAAAGUAGUCCAAAAGAAAGUUGCAUAAUGAUUGCAAAAGACAUGAAAGAAAUGAACACAAAUAAUUUGACGACAAACAUUGUUUCAUUUUACGGAAAACUUGUUUAUGAUUUACUCACUCGAUAUCCUAAAGAUGUUAAAGAUCUUUAUGGUCCAGCGACUGAUUUCUUCAACACAUUUUUGAUGAAUACAAAUGAUUUGUUGGGAUUCGAAGGUUCAAUUGGAAGAAGCGCUUUGAAAUGCGCUGUUUCUUCAGGAAGAAAUGGAGAUAUUACAAACUGGAUAUCAACAUGCUUGAAAUUAGUUGUUCCUGUUAUAGAAGACAUUUCUUACAACGAAAUUGAUAAUUUGUCUCUCAAAACUCGUCAAAUCUCAGCAUCAAAAUCAUUCAUUGCAGAAUGUUACAAGAGUUUAGGUGUUGAAAAUCCAAAGAUAUCUAAUGUUUCUAAGGAGAUUGCACAGAAGGCAUUGAAUGCAGUGAAAGGGAAAUCAGAAGAUUCUUCUGUAUUGAUAUCAGCUCUUGAUUACUUUAUUACUGUUUUUAAUUAA